CGGAGAGUGACACGUUAUAUCACAACGUGCUUAGCCGGUGUCAUUGCUACCUAACGCAGAUAUUUUCAAGUACUUGUUGAAAGUCGACAUCCAAAAUGCCAGAAGAUAAACCCACAGAAGAGAAGAAGCUGAAGCCUUGCUGUGCUUGUCCGGAAACCAAAAAAGUUCGGGAUGCAUGCAUCAUAGAAAAAGGCCAGGAAGAAUGUGGAGAUCUUAUAGAGGCACACAAAGAAUGUAUGAGGAAAUUAGGCUUCAAAGUCUAGCAUUUUUGUAUUUAUUUUAUGCGUGAUUUUAUACCCAUGUUGAACUUCAUGAAGAAUCCACAGAAUUCUGCUGUGUGGAAUGUGUACAUG